GGAAUGCUAAGGGCAAGCAACAUUCGUAAAAACACACUCCCACCUACAGCAACGCUACUACUCAGCACGGAAGACAAAAAUUAAGAGAAAAAGAAACCAUGACCAUUGAAGUAUCAGUGCCGCCCACCAAGGAUUUGGUCACCCGUGUCCUCAAGCAAGCUGGCCAUGUGGGCUUCGACACCCUACCCGAUCAGUUGGUGAAUAAAAGUGUACAAAAUGGCUUUGUUUUCAAUGUCAUGUGUAUUGGAGAGACGGGAUUGGGUAAGUCAACCCUAAUGGACUCUCUGUUCAAUACCAGUUUCGAAUCGGUGGCCAGCCCCCAUACCCUGCCCAAUGUAAAGCUAAAAGCCAAUACCUAUGAGCUGCAAGAGAGCAAUGUCCAGCUGAAACUGACCAUAUGCGAUACGGUUGGCUUUGGUGAUCAAAUCAACAAGGAGAAUUCCUUUAAGGCCGUGGUGGAUUACAUCGAUGUACAAUUCGAAUCCUAUCUGCAGGAGGAAUUGAAAAUCAACAGAUCUUUGGUAAAUUUCCAUGAUAGUCGCAUACAUGCCUGUCUGUAUUUCCUGUGUCCCACGGGUCAUGGUUUGAAAUCUCUGGAUUUGUUGUGCAUGAAGCAACUGGAUAGCAAAGUGAACAUAAUACCUAUCAUUGCCAAGGCGGAUACGGUCUCCAAGGCAGAGCUACAACGUUUUAAGUCGAAAAUCUUGGAAGAGUUGAGUAAAAAUGGUGUAAACAUUUAUCGUUUCCCCACCGACGAUGAAACCGUGGCCGAUACCAACUCCACCAUGAAUGAUCACAUUCCCUUUGCCGUGGUGGGUAGUCGAGAAUUUGUGAAGAUUGGCAAUAAACAAGUCCGCGCCCGUCAAUAUCCCUGGGGCACAGUGCAGGUGGAGAAUGAGGUCCACUGUGACUUUGUAAAGCUGCGGGAAAUGUUGAUACGCACCAAUAUGGAAGAUAUGCGGGAGCAGACCCACCAAAAACACUACGCGUUGUAUCGUCAAACUAGGCUACUGGAAAUGGGUUUCUGUGAUUUGGAUAAUGACAACAAACCCGUAUCGUUCCAAGAGAUAUUCGAGGUAAAGAGAUCGACUCAUCUCAAUGAAUUGCAAGCCAAGGAGGAGGAGGUACGACAAAUGUUCGUGCAACGUGUCAAAGCCAAAGAGGCAGAACUGAAGGAUAACGAAAGGGAACUACAUGCCCGUUUCGAUAAACUGAAGAAGGAGCAUGCCGAAGAGAAGCGAAGAUUGGAGGAAACUCGUCAGAAGCUGGAAGAGGAAUAUAUUGAAUUCACCACCCAUCGGAAUCAUUACAAUUCCAGUAAUCACACCAUGACUCUGGGGAAAAGGGGAAAGAAGUAAUUUCCUGGCGGAAAGGAAGUGUCAUUUAUUGUAGAAUUUCUGAAAUAAAUCAAAUCCGUACCAAUUUGUUCAAAACAUUUUGAGUUCUUUCUCCAUCUAAUUUUUAAUAAAAUUUUGAGUUUUUUAAUUAACAAA